AUGUCAACAUACGAAAGUAAAGCUGACCGAGUCUCCCCACCAGUCGAGCACAACACCACCGACCCGGCCGUUGCCAGCGACGGUCCUCGUCGCCGUCGCCCUGACCUCUCUACCUUUUUUGCAACUCUCUCCGAAAUCACCCCCGGACCUGACCACCGACCUUAUGCAGUCCCUGUGCCGGGUGACGUGAGCGCUGCAUUCUACUCGCUUGCGGAAGCCUUCGAGGUCAUGCGCCGCGAGGCUUCGACAGCGCCCUCCGAAUCUGGCCACGAGGCCAAUAGCGAUGAUCUCUUGACACAAAUGAUUCAGACUCUCCUGAGUGAGGCGGAUACUCCUCCUCGGGAGGUGGAGGGGGUCAGCGAGGAGUUUUGCGAUAGAGAAAAUGGGGUGCGAAUGGUUGCUGACCAGAAAUUCCCUCCAGUGCUUGAUCGUGUCCCCAAAUCAUCGUUGGAUAAGUCGCAGGUCUGUCCAAUCUGUAGCAACCCGUUCUUGGAAGAUGAAUAUCCACUCGUGGUGCGAUUGCCUUGCCAUCCAACACAUCUGUUCGAUCUUGAGUGCGUGCGGCCAUGGCUUCGACUGCGGGGCACGUGCCCACUGGAUCGGACGGAUUUCGCGAAACAGCUGCGCGACAAGGCCGAAGAGCGGAAGAAGCUGGUCGAAGAAGACGAAGAAGAGGAGUGGGAUGGCAUGUAUGGUUAA